CUCAGUUGGUAGAGCGUUGCACUGGAUAUGCGAGGGUCCUGGGUUCAAAUCCUAGUCGCGGCAAGAAAAUUUUUCAUCAAUUUUAAUUGAAAAGUCUGCAUGCCAUUAAAAUUGAACACACUGUAAAUUAUAAAAACAGACAAUAAAACUUCUAAAAAUUUUAAUAAUAGUAAUAAUAAUAAUAAAUACACCGCUGUAGCCGAGGCUGUAUGUAUAAUAUGUUUAUUUAUUUAUUUAUUUAUUUAAUACAACAGGAAUGCCAACAGACCGAAGUCCAAAACAGCAUUCACAAAAUAACAAUUUAUAAACAAGAUGAAUACUUAAACUAAAAAACUAAAACUAAAUUUAACUUGAAAUAGAAAUUUUCGAUUAAUAAUAAUUAUUAUUAUGUUUACUUGGCACCGCAAUAUAGAAGAAAAAAAAUUCAUAUUCGCCUUAUCUAGUUUUUUGUUCAAAUUAGUCUCUGAAGAUAAACAUUUUUGAUAUUGUUUUUAAAGGAAGUGAGAGAAGAGUUAAAAAGAUCGAUGUUUUGAAAAUUAUUAUUGUAGUUUCUCAUCAUUCGAGAAAUUGGUGAAUUACGAGUAUAAUUAGCGGAAAAAUUUGGCUCUGUGAAAAGCUGAUGGUUUCGAAAGUUCCUUAUAGGCACAUUAAAGUUUAUUAAUGACAAUAACUCUGGUGAUUCUACCAAAUUAUUUAAUAUUUUAAAAUGAAUUUGUUCAUUUUGUUCGUGUCUGUCUUUUAUUUUUACAAAUUUCUGCGACCGCCUCAAGGAAUCAGUACUGACCGUAUUGUCAUAAACUCCCGUACUUCUGUAGUGCAAAUAUCUGAGAAUAGUAUAUUGUGUAUUUAGGUGGAAAAGUGACACAUUCUCCGCCGACGGUGUAAGUUGGCGGGCGAGGCGUAGCCGAGGCCGACAAACACCGAAGGCCGAGAAUGUGCUUUUCCACCGAAAUACACAUACUAUUUUUUCUGCGAUCGGUUAAAUACCUGUUAAAUGUUUGUCUUAUAGUUCCAAUUAUUCAGCAAUACGAGAAUCACUUUCCCGGCCUAGGCCGGAAAAGUGUUUCCCGUAUUGUUAUUCAUUGAUUCCUUAGCAACUAUUGAAACAUAAUUGAAAUACCAGAAUAUUGAGUUUUCCGACCUGACAACUGGUCAAAAAUGCUGACAUUUCUUGUCAAUCGCAGAAAAAAUUAUUUUGUACAAUUUCUAGCCUUUUAGCAUGUACAUCAUAUUGUGGUGACCAAACGACCGAUCCAUAGCUCAAUUUGCUAUAUACAUAGGCAAAAUAGAGCGAUUUCAUAGCUUCCAUUGAUGUAAAAUUCCUACAGUUACGCAAUAUGAAACCCAUCAUUUUAUUACAUUUAGCCACGACUGAAUCAAUGUGUUGAAUGAAUGUCAUUCUGCUAUCAAAUACUAUACCAAGGUCUCUAAUAAACUCAACUUUUUGUAGUAUAUGAUUUGAUAAUGUAUAGCCAUAUGAAAAUAACUUUUUGUUUUUACUAAAUGUUAUUACUUUACAUUUAUCUGCGUUGAGGUGGAGUUUAUUUUCAAUACAAUAUUUUUCAAAUUGGUCAAGAUCUCUUUGAAGUUUGAGGCAGUCGUGAAUUGAUGCAAUAGGUUAAUAAAUUUUGAAAUCAUCCGCGAACCCCGCUAGCUUGCAGAAUGAAAUAUGGAGAGGUAGGUCAUUAAGAAAACAAAUAAAAAGCAGUGGCCCGAGGUUCGAGCCCUGAGGGACUCGGACUCGGAAUCCACCUGAACCUGAGCAUCCAUGGCCAUUAAAAUAUUUUCGGUAUAGGUUACCAAGUUUGUGUCAACGGAUCUUUUUGGAAUGAAGCCAUGCUGUUCCCUAAUAAAUCUGCUUUUAAUAUUGCUUAAUAUCACAUUGUAAAUUAUUUGCUCAAAAACUUUACUGAUUAUAUUUAGUUUACUUAUCGGUCUGUAGUUUGAUAUCAGAUUUUUGUUACCAUUUUUGUAGAUAGGAACAACAUGAGCCACUUUCCAAAGGGAAGGAAAAGUUGAUUCUUGUAUUGAUCUGUUAAAAAUCAAGAGUAGUGGCUUACAUAGUCCAGUGGCGCAUUGUUUAAUAAAGUACGAAGGUAAUCCGUCAGGACCCUCACCCUUAUUUUCAUUCAACUUCUCCAAGAUCUCUAGCACCUCACUCUGGCUCACGAUCAGAUUAUUUACUAGAUUUAAAUUAUUCUGUUCAAGUUUAGAGAACGUUUGUGUAUAGGGAGAAAAGCUCUUUUGAAAAUGAUUCACAAAAAGGUUGCAAAUUUCAGGCCCUUCACAUGAAAUAUUAUCUAGCGUCAUAGAGUUUGGUAUUCCCCUAUCUUUGUUUUUCGCCGAAAUGAGAUACCAGAACCUCUUAGGAUUCUCUCGAAGGUCGACUUGGGUUUUUUCGACAAAAGAUUUAAAAUCAUUAUUAAUAAUUUUUUUGCAAUUUUUACGUAAUAUACUAUAAGUUUCAUAAUCAUAUAUGCUAUUUGUGUUUUUCCACUUUCUAUGUAAUUUUUCUUUUCUCUGUAAUAACUUUAUAGUGCUUUGGGAGUAAUAAAGCGGAUAUGAAUUCGUUAUUCUUCUUUCCGGGACAAAUUUUUCGACUAAAGAAUUUAAUUUAUUAUAAAGAAGACUCACACAAUUAUCAACUGUAUUGCACGAUAAAAAUAACUGUUGCCUAUUAGUACUAUUUAGUUCUGCGUUAAUACGUGUAUAAUUUCCUUUCCGAAACUGUCUCACACAGGAUAUGUUAUUCUUUAAAGUUUGAAAUUGUUCUGAUGUUUUAAUCAAAAAUGUAAUACUUUUGUGGUGUGGGUCUUCUUUGACCAAAGAGAUUGUCGAUUGUAAGCUAUGUAUAUUUGAUUUAUUGGAAAAAACUAAGUCUAAAACUCUAUUGUUAAGAUUUCCUAAAUAAUUGAAUUGACAGAGUCCUAAGAAGUUAAGCACAUCUAUGAGUUCUUUAUGCCUAUUUUCAACAAAAGUCGGGAUCAAUAAAUUGUUUCUUUCAAUCCAGAAAGUUUUGGGCAUAUUGAAAUCGCCGCAAAUUAUUACCGCAUCAUUGUUAAAUUUGUCAAAAAGUCUAUACAUGUUAUUAGUAAAACAUCCCAUUGCAUCGUCAUCCCCUGGAGGUCAGUACACACAACAUAGAUGGAUCUUACCAUUAGGGCUGUAGAUGGUUACCCAAACAUCCUCUGCCUCGCUCUCCCAGUCAGGUUGUAUAACGGAGUUCGAAUUUUUAUGUAUGGCGAGCAAAGCUCCCCCACCAUCACUUUUUUUAGAUUUACUGUCGCACCUAUCUCGCCGAAAUACCUGAUAAUUGUUACCAAAUAGAUCAUAUGAACUGAUUGUGUCAUUAAGCCAACUUUCCGUUAUAAAAAUAAUGUCAUAGUCAUUACUUAAAACACUGGAUCUAAAGUCAUUUAUUUUUGUGCGUAAACCUUUAACAUUUUGGUAAAAAACGGAUAGCUCCAUUGGAAAACAAAAACAGUCACUUUAAUAUAGAUAUGAAUAUAAAAUAGUUAAUAGUUUACAGUCUCGCUAGAUCGUCAAGCAUUGUUAUUAACUUUACAGGUUUUCCUUCGGAUUCUCUCAUCAAUAUAUUUCCAUCUUUUGUCCAGACGUAUUUGUAAUUUUUUGCUUUGGCCUGCUCUCUGGCCUUUUUGUAUAGCAGCUUAUUUUCCGGACUCAGAUGUUCGUUGAUAUAGAGGUGGUUGGAGAUGCCAGCAAUAGCUAAAAUUCUGUUCGGGGCAGUGAGCCUCUUUGAUCUGACUGCUUCAAGUACGCUGUCUCUUACAUGUUUUGAUUUAUAUUUAAUGAUAAUAUUUUUGUUCUUUUCCUUAUCAAAAGGCUGAACUCUUUGAGCAUAUUCCACCAUCGAAUUGUUUAUAUUCAAUAAUCCCAAUGAUGUAUGCACCGUUUCUAUUACAGUUUGUAGAUUUUCAUUUGUCUUAACAGGAAUGCCUUGAAACUCUAAUUUAUUGAUCCUAGCGUAUUGCUCAAUACGGUUCACCUUUUUUGUAAGUGACUCUACUGUAUUUUUCAGCUUCAUAUUUUCAGACUUUAAGCUUUCAAUAUCUUUAAUGUAGCUAGUAAAUUUCGUGAUUAUUGCCUCAAAGUCGGUGAUUUUGUCUGAACAAAAAUUGACGGAGUUUACAACUUCAUUUUGUUUAUUAGUCAUUUCUUGCUAAACGACUUCAAAGUUGCAUUUGUUACUGCGUCUCCAGCUGGAGAAGGGGGAGGCUUAUAUGUAUAUGUAUGUAUAUGUCACCAUAAAUCUAGAGGGCGGAAGCCCAGUAUCGUGAGUUCAAAUCCCACUAGCAACAGCAACAGCAAAUUUCAACAGACUUUUUUUUUAAAAGCACCAUGAGAGAAAACUAAAUUGGAACUAUGAUAGGAAUUAAAAUCACACACAUAGCAUAUGCUUCAUGUAUUUUCUUUAUAUGUGGAAUGAACUUGAAUGAAGCCGAAGACCGAACAGCCAAAGCUUGGCGUCCCAUUGGCCAACGGAAUCUCCCGAACAUUCUACUACCGAGUGCUAGUUGUUGCAACUAGAUUUCCGUUUGCUCAACUAAUUAUUUCGGUUAUUUUUUAUCUGCUUUUUUAUAAAACCCAACCACUUAGUUAAUACAUGUUGCUGGUUGCUACAACUACAAUGAUAGUUGGCUACCAAAAUGUUCAAUUAUCAGAAAUCGAGGCUUAGUUGUGACGACCUAAGAAUUGCAACUAAGUUAAAAUGACUGCUAGAGCAAGACCAGUUAUGUCGCAAUAACAAUUUUUUUAGUAAUGGUAACUAAAAAAAUAUAACUCGCGCAUCUAGUUAACGCGAUUUUCUCAGUGCAAGGAUGAAUUAGUUCCCUUUUACCUAUGCAUUCUCUUUCCAACUGAUUGACUGAAUUAAUUUGCCAUUAUCCGCAAUCACUGUCUACAAUUAACUACCUAAUAAAUUCAAAGUUCACACGGAAAAAAUAUUUCCAUAUAAACAUAUUAUUAUUAAUACGGGUUAUAUAGAGAAAAAAAAAUGACUUACUGGUUACGUUUUGGAACCUUGGAUCUAAUGGGUUCAGUGAUGUAGUAGGAAAUAACACUCGUUCAGAGAAAUGUAAUUUUUUUUUUGUGUAAAUAUAUUAUUAUACUAGUUUAAUAGUGAUUUGUUCUGGUCAGUUGGAGUUACCAAGUCACUCGCCCGUGAGCGGUAAUUUCGUAUUGUUUGGAGGCGUGUGAUGUGUCUCUAGUUUAGAUAUUUUGCUUUCCUAUCAAACAAGUUAAUAAAAAAGUGUAACUAUGGGAUUGUGUCAAGCAGCUUUAAUUCUUUACGGCUUAGCAUACCAAGUUAUUGCGGCACCAUCACCCAAAAACAAUGAUGAUGCUGAUACACCACCAGGGAUCCCGCCUCUAUUAACCUUCAAAGACGGCAACAUUGGAGUGAAUUUUUUCGGUUUUAAAGCUUCAGCGGGUCUUGGAGGUCUCCUUACAGGCGACAUGAGCCAAGGAGGUCUCCACGCCGAAGCUGAAACUCCGUUCGGUCAAAAAGCUGGAGCUGGUUUGGGUGGAAGAGUCGACGGAAACGGUCGUUCCGUUGGAGGACUCUACGCCGGAGCUACAGCGGGAGGCGGAAUUGGAGCAUCCGCAGGCUUGGACGGAGUCGCCGGAGCCGACGGAUCUGCAGGUCGCUCCUACGCAGGAGCAUCUGCAGGAGGAGUUGGCAGAACUGUCAUCAAAGAAACUUACGGAGCUCCACCAGGAGCAAGUUCAAUUUCGGGUUCCCUGAACAUACAAAAAAUCGCCGCACCGCCAUCAACAGUUGACGUUGAAGUCAUUAAGGAGAAAGAUGUGCCAAACAAGUCAAAAGUAGCUAUUGAAAUAGAAAAGCAAGUUGCUGCACAACCUCCGCCUAAAAAAACUUACGUAGAGAGAACUGUUAUACCAAAUUAUGUUGAAAAAACUAUCCAGGUACCAUCAUACGUUGAGAAAACUAUACGAGUACCCACUGUAGUAGAAAAAACAAUUAAAGUACCAGCGCCACCAACGAUAAUCGAACAAGAGGUUGAGGCACCCCCAUCUGUAAAGACUGUUACUAGAACAAAACAAGUUGUUGUGAACCCGGAGUUUCCAGAAGGUCCUACAACAAUCGUGAAGACACGGACAAAGUUUCAUAGGCGUCCUUGGUUGCAUGUCAGAAAGUACUUAAACAUCAAUAGUGCUGAAGUACCACCUCCACCACCUCCGUACUACGGUGGAGUCGUAGCAACUGGAGCUGGUGCCGAUGCGGCAGCUAAUAGCGUCAUCGGAAGCUACGGAGAUUUUGGUGUUGCAGCUGGAAAAGAGCAUUGCUGUGCACCACCCCCGACCACCUACACUGCCACAGUAAGGAAGCAGUUCAAUGGGAAUUUAGUGAGAGAUAUUUUCAAUAUUCCCAUUGCUACUCUGGGAGCGGUGAGCAAUUUGGUUGGAAACAUUGCAGGAGGCGCUGGCGGUUCUGUGUCAGUAUCUAAGUCUAUUGGAACUGCUUACAAAAAAUAAACAAUUUUGUAAAAAGAAUGGAUUACAAAAGAAUUUUAGCAUAUUUUUCUAUGCAGAACUGUUUUUAAAUACAAAUACUAGCAAUUUUUUUUGUAUGUUUUCAAGUAAAGUUUUUUGAAUACCUACCUA